CACCUGCAGCUCCAAACCCUUUACAGAUCACAACUUCGUACUUGUACAGCCUGGGCGGCGGCCGGAUGUGCCAAUGCUGCUCCUCAAUUCAGUUCUCGUCACCUCGCUGCGGGUCUCGCUGCCGGGGUAUACACCUUUUGGGAAGAUAGCAAACUCGAACUGAACAUGGCCCCUGUCUGCAAGCCUCGCUAUAGGCACGUGCGGUCCACCCACCAAGACGGAAGGCAUCGUGCAGAGAUGCCGGUGCUAGGCCUUGAUCCCGCCCCGGCUUGGAGCACUGCAUCGAACUCUCGCGAACUCUCCCCCGUCGACGCUAGACGCUAG